CGGAACGACACCCACAACGGUUAAAUUUCAAUUUUCAGUUUGCAUAUUGGUAUCGCAUUCGCUAAAACAAUUGAUUGAACCCCUAAAUCAACCAAGAAAUUGAAUUAAAAGCGUUACCCUUUUUUAUUUUUCAGCCGCCCCAAUUGCAAAAACCCCAAGCUAUGAUUUUUCACUGAUUCUUCAAUUUCUUCAGUCGAAUUGCAAUGGGGGUUGGAGGCCACUUCUGGGAUUUGCUCAAACCCUACGCCCGAUUCGAAGGCUUUGAUUUCCUGAGAAACAAACGCGUUGCAGUGGAUUUGUCGUAUUGGAUUGUGCAGCAGGAGACCGCCAUUAAAGGGUACACUAGAAACCCCCAUAUUCGCACAACCUUUUUCCGAACAGUCAAUCUUUUCUCCAAGUUUGGAGCCUACCCGGUCUUUGUACUGGAUGGGACCCCGUCCCCGUUAAAAUCUCAGGCAAGGAUAAUGCGGUACUUCCGAUCAUCUGGUAUGGACUUGUCAAGUUUGCCAGAAGCAGAGAAAGGUGUAUCAGUUGAAAGGAAUCGAGCGUUUAAGAAAUGUAUUGAAGAAUGUGUGGAAUUGCUCGAACUCCUUGGAAUGCCUAUAUUGAAAGCCAAAGGAGAAGCUGAAGCUCUCUGUGCUCAGUUAAAUAGAGAAGGACAUGUCGAUGCUUGUAUUACUGCUGACAGUGAUGCAUUUCUAUAUGGUGCCCAGUGUGUGGUAAAGCGAAUCCAGCCAAACUCGAAAGAGCCGUUUGAGUGCUACCAUAUAUCUGAUAUUGAGACAGGUCUUGGUCUAAGGAGAAAUCACUUGAUAGCUAUUUCUUUGAUGGUUGGAAGCGAUCAUGAUUUAAAUGGUAUAAAUGGAAUUGGGCUUGAAACUGCAGUUCGCUUUGUAAAUAUUUUUAGUGAAGAUGAAAUAUUGACCAGGCUGCAUGACGUAGCCAAAGGAGAACCACUGGUGAUCCAGGGACGCAAUAGUGCUGAAGAUGAAUCUGCAAGCUGUUCGAAUGAUAAAUCCUUGAAGCUAAGAAUACCUCACUGUUCUCACUGUGGCCAUCCGGGAAAUAAAAAAACCCAUCUCAAGUUUUCUUGUGAACAUUGCAACUCAACUGCUGGCCAGAGCUGUUCUCACAAAUCAGCCGGAUUCAAAUGUUUGUGCACUUCAUGUGACUUGGACAGAGAAGAAAAAGCUAAGCAGAAAGACGCCUCCUGGAAACUUGCAGUUUGCCGAAAGAUUGCAUCACAGGAAAAUUUUCCAAAUGAUGAAAUUGUACAGAUGUACCUGAGCAACCAUAAUGGAAUUGAUGAUAGGCCACAUUUACGAUGGGCAAGUCCCAACACAGAAAUGCUGGUUGAUUACCUUGCUUAUCAGCAACACUGGGAACCAUCUUAUAUUAGGCAAAGAAUACUACCAAUGUUAUCAACAUUAUAUUUACGAGGUAUGGCCUCAGCCCCAACCAGUGACUUACUAUAUGGAUCGUACAAGUUUCAUAGCAUUCAGCGUGUUAAGACAAGAUAUGGACAUCAAUCCUAUGUUGUUAAAUGGGAGAAGGCUGCUGCCAGAUUGAGGGAUGCUGCCAACCCAAUUCCUCAAGAAUCUGAUUUACCGUUGGUAGUAGACCUCGAUGAACCUUUUGAUUUGACUGAAGAUACGGAUGCUCCUUAUAUUCAUAUUGAAACUGGAGGUUGUUUUUUGUCGACUGAUGAAGAUAUGGAGCUUGUACAGAAGGCAUUUCCAGAGGAAGCCAACCAAUUUUUGAAGGAAAAGGAGCUGAAAGAAAUGACGUCGAAAAGAAAGAAAUCAAACUCGGGCACUGAAGCAACACCUGAAAAAACGGAAUCAUCCACAUCCAGCGGAGUGCAGCUAAGCAUUAAAGAGUUUUAUCGUUCCUCCAAACUGCGUAACUCAAGCAAGCCUGAGGAGGAUUCCGAGAAGGGAUCUGGUUCCUCUAACGACAAAGGGAGGGAUCCAAGUUCAAGAUUUUCCAAGUCCGCCAGACGGCGCCUUCUAUUUGAUUAAUUCCGCCACCCUCUCGUGACACUUUGCUUCUGUAAAUUAACCUGCAUUAGUCUAACAUAAGGUUUCAGUUUUCCUGUUUUGGCCUUGUUGAUAUUGAUACUCUUUUCAAGUGUAAAUAGCUCUUCAUGGUGGCAAUGUCUCUCUCUCUCCUUUGGAAGGAAGGAAUAUAGUUGAUGUGAUUUGAUUUUAAAGCUACAGAAAGCAAUCAAAAUGGCGUGAACAAACAUAAUUAUAUGUUUAAUGCAGAAUACUUGUGUUUUAAA